AUGGAGGAAACGCCAUCUCCACCGCCGCAAGCGCCAUCAGCCCCGAAAGAUCCGCCCGUCACCUCCAUGACGCAUGCACCGCCGCCUGCGACGCACAAGAAGAGGCCGUUCAAGGUCCACGCGGAGGACAAGACGUGCCCCAAGUGCGGCAAAGUGCUGCAGAGCCGCCUGGCGCUCCGCGUCCACCUGAACCGCGUGUAUCCGUGCGAUCAGGAGAACGUGGACAGCACCAAGACCUGCCACAAGUGCGGCUGGAAGUUCGCCACGCCCGCCGGUCUCAGCCUGCACCUGCUGAAGGCCACUCCGUGCGACGCUCCGGAAGCGCCCGCCGCGACGCGCAGCGAAGAGCGAGCGUUCAAGUGCGGCAAGUGCAACGAGGCAUUUACGUCGGCGCGGAGUCUUCUCGCACAUCGGAGCCGAGUGUACGCGUGUGACGGCACAAGGACGUGGCAGGGCGGCAAGACGUGCCCCAAGUGCAACAAAACCUUCUGCAGCAAACAGUCUCUGCGUCUGCAUCUCAACCGAGUGGCUCCAUGCGACGCCGAGAAGCCCUCGCCGGGGACAGCGGGGGGUGAGAAGAAGGCGCAGACUCACCCGGCGGGGGAGAAGCUGCACGGCUGUCCGGGAUGCCAGAGACGUUUCGCCACCAAGCACGGUCUUCACGUCCACAUGAGCCGGUGUCCUGUAGCAAGUCAACUCACCAAGGCACAGUCAGCCGGAGCUGUGGAGUUCAGGAUCGCGAAGCAGGGCGAGGAACGCAGCAACGCCACCCGAAUGAACGUGGCAAUCCAUGUUGCGUCCGUGGAGCCAUUCAGCUAUUCCAGCAACGUCAGCCAUGGCGACGCCACCAGCGUGACGGAUUCGUCUUCAUGCUCGUCGCCCUCUACUGAAGCGAAUGGUGCGGAAUGUGGCAAGAAGGAUGUACCUCUGAGCUCCACUGCAGUUGGUGUUACGAGUACCUCAGAGGCUGGAAACCGAAAGAGGAAUGUGGACCACGGCGUUGGUGGCACGGCUCGCGGAAAACGGCCCCUCUACGGCUGGAAAUGA